CUUAUACUAGGUUACUGCUUUUCAUUUCGAAAUAAUUCCGAAGUGGGGUAUGGGGGGAAAACCACAACGAAAUCGUACAGUCUUAUCAGUAACAAGUAAAGUGGGUGGGAACCAAGUGGUUAUUUUCGUGAAGAGCAGUGGCACAGAUUCAACCCAAAGGUUGGGUGAAUAAGUAGGUUGGUGCCAAAAGCUUAUCAGACUUUCUGUGCUUGGGCAAUUUGAACAGCUGAAUAAAUAGCACCUCUUUUACAUUGACACCUGACUUUUUCCAUUCGAGAUGUGGAGGAUGACUAGCCCCGUAUCGCGAGAGACUACAAUUCCCACAGUAUCUAGCGUCUGUCCUCAUUGGCUGAAUCCACCGUGGAGCUGUCAAAACACUCGCGACGGUUCCGCCCUCUUAGCGAAAGACUACAUUUCCCGGCAAGUCCUGCGACCCUCCCGGCCGCACUUCCCAACCUUGAUUGGGUCCGGCGUGGAACUGACAAAGCCUCUGCCCAAUGGAAAGUGCAGCGGCGAUAAGGGGCUGGGCAAGGAACCUUGACCCGUCUCCGUCGACCAAUAGAAACCGCGCAGGCGUGGGCCAAUGUGCAUGGUCGUUGCUGGCAGGUGAGGAAGCGGUGCUCUGAGGGGUGCAGCGGUGGCGGCGGCCCAGGCAUGGGCAGCUCGUGCUCUUCUUCUCUCUUGACCUGAUCCAAACUUGCUCUCCGGCCGGCGAUGGCGAGCACUUCCCGGGACGUGGAAAUCAGCGACGAGGCCGUGAGGGGCACCUGCGACGACGCCUCCCUCUGCAAGCGGUGAGCGAGCGAGGGAGGAGCCUCGGGAGCCACGCCCACUCCUUUCAACGACCCUCCCACCUCAUGGGAACGGGGCGGGGCCAAGGGGGAACCAGGUCGGAUCAGGCCCAUGACGUCACCCCUGGGGAUGCUCUUCGGUAUCUCGUUGCAGAAGAAGACCACCUCCCCGGGCUUAUUGUAUUGUUAUCAUUACAGUGGUACCUCGGGUUACAUACGCUUCAGGUUACAUACGCUUCAGGUUACAGACUCUGCUAACCCAGAAAUAGUGCUUCAGGUUAAGAACUUUGCUUCAGGAUGAGAACAGAAAUCACGCAGCAGCAGCAGGAGGCCCCAUUAGCUAAAGUGGUGGUUCAGGUUAAGAACAGUUUCAGGUUAAGAACAGACCUCUGGAACGAAUUAAGUUCUUAACCCGAGGUACCUCUGUAGUAGGGGCUCUUCAUCUGCCUAGGGGCGUUAAGCAAAAUGAGAGGCAUGUGUAUGAGUGAAAAAAGAGAUUGUUUGGUAUGGAGAACCGUUGCUCUGUUAGAGCAUCUGCUUUGCAUGCAGAAGGUCCCAAGUUCAAUCUCCAAUGAUGGCACCCAGUGUUGGAUUUAUGUACAGUGGUACCUCGGUUUAAGAACAGUCCUGUUUACGAACGAUUUGGUUUACGGACUCCGCAAAACCGGAAGUAGUGUCUCAGUUUGAGAACUUUACCUCGGUCUAUGAAUGGAAUCCAAAUGGCGGAAGGGCACCGGUGGCGGGAGGCCUCAUUAGGGAAAGCACGCCUUGGUUUAAGGAUGGUUUCGGUUUAAGAAUGGACUUCUGGAACAGAGUAAGUUCGUAAAACGAGGUACCACUGUAUAAGCCAAUCAAGCUAUAGCUUAGGGCCCCACUCUCUUGGCCCCCCCCCCAAAAAAAUUUAAAGGAUAAAAAACCUGGAUGUACAUUUCCAAAAUAUAAGAUAAAAAAAACCCCCUACAUACAGCAACAGUGUUUCGUGUUGUGUAGGCUCCUAUGAUGUAAAUUAGGUCCAUCAAUUACCAUAUAGCAUAUAUUCAACAUAAAAAAACCAGCGACAAUUUGUUGUUGACAAAGGACAGCUGGACAUAUAAAGGGCCCCAUUACCUUCAGGAGUUAGGGCCUCAUCAAACCUAAAUCCAGCCCUAAAUCCAUGCCUGAUGGCAUCUCCACACAGGGCUGUUAGAAACUGGUCUGCAACCCUGCAGAGUCGCUGCCAGUCAGUGUAGGUAUUACUGAUUCAGUAGGACUAAUGGGUUGACUUGGUAUAUAAGCCAUUGCCCUGCAUCUUCACACUGUGCAUUCUUAAACUAUAAGAACAUAAGACGAGCCUGCUGGAUCAGGCCAAAGGGGGCUCAUCUAGUCCAGCAUCCUGUUCUGACAGUGACCAACCAGAUGCCACAUUGGGAAGAAGUCCACAAGCAGGACUCAGGCCCAAUUGCGCUCACCCCUACUGUGGUUUUCAGCAACUGGUGUUCAAAAGCAUUGCUUCAGUGGAGGCAGAUCCUGGCUAGAAGUUGAUCCACUGUAACCACAUCAGUGACAUUUGUAAGCUUCUCUGGGUUUUUUGUUUUUUUUUAAUGCCUAAGAGAGGAAUUAAAAUGCUUUCAGUAAAGUAAUAAGAACAUAAGAAUCCCCUUCAUAGAUUAGAUCAAAGUCCACAUCCUCUAGAAUUAUGUUUUUGACUGACCAUGGAUUCCAGCCUUGUUAAGAGGGCCUUUCUCUUUCCCUUGGGCAGAUAUGCAGUAAACGUUGGCUACUGGAAGGAUCCUUACCUUGAUUAUUUUGUGAGGCUGCCAAAAGAAAGGAAGGCGCCUGAAAUCAGCCGUGGUAAGUUUGUAUGCAAGUAUGAGUCCAAAGUGGGCUCCAUGAGCCACAUACAUACAUACUCUAUUUGUAUACUGCCUUUCCACAAUUCAAACCAUACUCAAGAUGGCUUACAACAUGAAAACAAAAUACAUAACUAAAACAUAACAAAAGUAGUCAUAAAUAAUACACAACCAAACUGAACAAUUUUUGCAUAAAUAAAAACAAGAUAUAAAAUAAAGAUACAGAAAAGCAACAGCAACACCCCCCCCCCAAACAGCACACCCUAAACAACACACCAGCCCAAGAGUCUGUUCAGCAGCCUCAACCUUUGUAGCCGUAGUCAGGGUCCUGCCCUCCGAGGCUAGGUGGAAAAGGCCUGUAAGGCAGGGAGCAGAUCUGCCAGGACUCACCGCUAAGACUGUAUGUUGGACCAACAUGUCUGUUGGACCAAGGCAGGUGUUGUUAUUUUCUCUUACAGUUAUGACAACAUUUUGCAAAAUGUACUCAGAAUUGACGGAUAUACUCUGUCAUCUCUUGGUUAGCAUUGUCUGCUUCUUACAGUACUGUUUUUCUGUUAGGGUAUUAUGCCCGUGUCCAGGGAGUUGGCCGCUUACUUAAGGCUUUCUUGCAGAAGACUGAAUGCAACUGCCAAAUUAUCAACCUGGGGGCUGGCAUGGACACUCUGUUCUGGAAAUUAAAGGUGAGAAAUUAUUCAUUGUUAACGUAAGUGCAAAGAAGGAAUUUCAUAGCUCCAGGGGAGCCUCUAGUGGUCACUUACAAAAGUAUUUUUGUUUCUGGGCUUUUAUUACGGUAAUCUAUAUCUAGUAAAGGGACACAGGUGGCACUGUGGGUUAAACCACAGAGCCUAGGACUUGCCGAUCAGAAGGUCGGCGGUUCGAAUCCCCGCAACGGGGUGAGUUCCCAUUGCUCGGUCCCUGCUCCUGCCAACCUAGCAGUUCGAAAGCACGUCAAAGUGCAAGGAGAUAAAUAGGUACCGCUCCAGCAGGAAGGUAAACGGCGUUUUCGUGCGCUGCUCUGGUUCGCCAGAAGCGGCUUUGUCAUGCUGGCCACAUGACCCGGAAGCUGUACGCCGGCUCCCUCGGCCAGUAAAGUGAGAUGAGUGCCGCAACCCCAGAGUCGGUCACAACUGGACUAAUGGUCAGGGGUCCCUUUGCCUUUACUUUAUAUCUAGUAAAACAACCCAGGGCAGUGUAUUUCAGUCUGGUUCCUCGGUGUUAUUAAUGGGGGCAUUGCUGAAAGAUGGCCUGUCCACUCAUUGUUGCUCUUCUCCCCUGCAUUUGUAGCUCCAGGUGAGUUUGGUUCCUGUGGGGGGAAUCUCAAGGCUGACAGGCUGGGCUUGCACCAUGCAUGGCGGAGAAGUCUAGCUCAGUUUUCCCCAAUAAAAUGGUGUCCUGAUGCUUUUCCAGCAGAGUGGUUGGGAAAACCCAGCCAGAUGGGCGGGGUAGAAAUAAAUUAUUAUGGUUAUUAUUAUAAUUUUAUUUUAUUUUUGACUGUAAUCCCCAUCUGAUGGGAGCUGCAGUCCAAAAUGUGGCCCUGCUUGCUGGGGGUGAUGGGAUUUGUAGUCCAAAGUAGGCAUUCUGGUUGGUGCAAAUGAGAACUGUAGUCCAAAACAUAGCUGUGGUGCUGGAGCUGGUGGAAGUUGUAGUCUAAAACACCUGCAGAACAUUGGGUUGAGCAAUGCUGCUGUAGAACAUACACAAAGCUUCGUCAGUGUGGAAAAGGUUUCUUAAAAAAGUAGACAGCUUGAAAACUAUUGACCUGGGACGUAACUGAGGAGCUGAAUUGUGUGUCUCUUCAUGAGCUGAAUGUCUGGCUUCUCCCUCCCCCAAUCCCUUUCAGGAUGAGAAUCUGCUUCCAAUAAAAUAUUUUGAAGUUGACUUCCCAUCUAUAGUCACAAGGAAAAUCCACAACAUCAAGUAAGUGCCUGGGUGUGUGCUCUUGACUGAGAUGAACAUGUUUUUCGGUUUUGAGAAGAAAAGUUGGGGCCAACUCUUACUAGUCAUGACGCAUCAGUGCCCCCCUCCAAAAAAUAACAACUAUCGUUAUCAUUUUAGGUUUUUUACCUACCCUUCACCAUGUAGUCCCAGGGUCGGUUACAAUAAUUUAAAAUAACAGUAUUAAAAUCUGUUAAAUAUAGUCAAGAGAAUAGGGUAGGUUCUAAAAUAUGUAUUUCUCGGGCUUCAAAGGCCAGGUUAAAUGGUCACAUGGUCUUGCCUAUUGGAAGGGGGGCCAAGGAUGAAAAAAUGUAUGUGACUGUGCAACUGCGAAGGGCUGAGAUUACUUUGGCAUGCAAAUAUAGUUCUGAAAAAUAUCAAGUCUUUUCUUUCGACGAGUAUUAGUCCUACUCAGAGUAGACCCAUUGAAGUUAAUGGACAUGUUUAGCUUAGGUUCAUUCAUUUCAGUGGGUCUAUUACCCGGUGUGUUUGGUUGUAGGGUCUUGGGGCAAAGUUCCAGCUCCUUCAGGGUGCAACAUUCUGUAUAAAUACUUGCACAAAGCUUGUAAGGUUUAGGUCAGAUUCAGAUUUUCUCUGUUUAAAAGGAUUCCUGUCAGUUUCACUCUUGAAGCACUACUGUAUCCUAUCCAGGCAUGUCUACUCAGAAGAAAAUCUUCAUUGAUUUAACUUACUCCCCACUUAUAGGAUUGCAAUCUUAAUUAUUCUUUUUAAGUUUCUUUUUUUCUGGGUCACUUAUUUCUCUAGUGCAACAGUAGCUUCACAAGUUGCAAAAAGCUUUAUUGGGGUGUGGGACCCAAACAAACGUGUUACAGUUUGCCAGUUGUUUGGGCAAUAAUAAUAAUAUAAUAAUAAUAAUUUAUUAUUUGUACCCCGCCCAUCUGGCUGGGUUUCCCCAGCCACUCUGAGCGGCUUCCACAGAGACCAAAAAUACACUAAAAUGUCACACAUUAAAAACUUCCCUGAACAGGGCUGCCUUAAGAUGUUCACAUGUUACUGACUUGCACUGUGUACUCAGUUACUGACUUUAUAGAAUAAUAGAAUUGUAGGGUUGGAAGAGUCCCAAAGGGUCAUCUAGUCCAACCCCCUGUAAGUAUAUUUAUUAGUAACAGCCAACUGUAGCUCUCUGCAGUGUGUAUUUUUAAUCCUAAUAUUGUUGUGAGGUGCUUCAAAAGCCUGGUACAGGACUGUAAAGUUGAGUAUAAAUGUUAGAAUGAAUGAAAGUGAAACGGCUCCUGUCCCAAAUGUUAGGGUCUUAGCAGGUCUGCUGUGGGGGUCUAUAGCUUGUGAAAGGACCCUUAGUCUUCCUUAGUAAAGAGGGGAUCAUGCAUUGUCUUGAAAAUUGGCUGCACUGUGGGUAACAAGGUGCAGUAGACCCAAGCCUUCGCUUUAAGCAAUGUAUCUGAAAUGAACUUGUGGAAAGGGCUUGCCGGAUGUUGUGCAGUCUGAGAACUGCUCCUUGUCAGUUUCAGACACACACAAGUUCACACAGAAUCAUAGAAUUGUCGAGUUCAAAGGGGAACCAAAGGAUCGUCCAGUCCAAUCCCCUGCAAUGCAGAAAGCAAGGCCAUGUAUUUUGGCAAUAUGAGAAGGGAAAUGUCUCAGUGUGUCCAGGAGCCAAUCCCUGCUUGCCUACCCUUUCCUGGACAGCACCCCCAGAAUGAACCCUUCUUCCCUUCUUCCCUCCAAUAGAGGAAGGGUUGUGACUCAAUGGUUGAAGCAUCUGCUUUGCAUUCAGAAGGCCCCAAGUUCAGUUCCUGCUAUCUUCAGGGAGGGCUGGGAGAGAACCUUUUCUGACACCCUGGAGAGCUGCUGCCAGUCAGUGUGGACAGUAUUGAGCUAGAUGGAACAAUGCAUCUUACUGCCCAGAUGGUGCGAACACACAAGAGACUGGGCUCUGCAGCAGUCAGGCCUAGUGAUCUCUUUCCAGCAGGGGGCACACACGGCCUCCCUCUCUUUGCAGCUUCCACCAGCAACGACUCGCUGACUCCUUUUCCUUCUUUUCCUUUUUUUUGUCCUUCUCUCCCACAGAUCAAAACCUCCCUUGUCAAAACCAAUUAUGGAAAGCCAUUCAGGGGAGUCUCUUCUAAUGGGUGAGUCAUCUUAAAAAUCCAUCGGUAAAGCAAGGUGGCAUUUCUAAAGCCGCUACCACCUCCUCACUCUAUUCUGCUAUGUGGGCACCUUCUCAACGUUUCACAAAAUGCUCUUGUAUUGCAUUUAACCUUUUCUUUGCCUAGCUUUCUUACCAACCCAUAUUUGCUGCUCCUUGAAUCAGCCUGUGAAAGAACUGCUCUUUGCCCCUUGCUGAAAGGUACUGGCACACUCUUGACUAGGAAUGUUAGGGUUCUGUUGGGACUUCCUGUCUCUCCUCUCCCCCCACAUUCCCAACAGUUUAAGAACACAAGAAGAGCUCUGCUGGAUCAUGCCAGUGGCCCAUCUAGUGGAGCAUCCUAUUUCUACAGUGGCCUGACAAGAUGCCUGUGGGAAACCCGCAAGCAGGAUUGGGGCACAAGAGUGCUCUUUCCACCCUUCCUUUCCCCCCCACCAGGAACAGGUAUUCAGAAACAUUACUGCUUCCGGCUGUGGGAGCAGAGCAGAGCCAUCAUGGCAAAUAGCCACUGACAGCCUUCUCCUCCAUGAAUUUGUCUAAUCCUCUUUUAAAGCCAUCUAGGUUUGUGGCCACCACUGCCUCCUGUGGCAGUGAGUUUCAUAGUUUAACUAUGUGCUGCAUGAAGAAGUGACGUCUCUGGCAUUCGUCCUGUGCCUUCCAACAUUCAGUGCCAGUGUUAUGAGAGAGGUAGAGAAACGUUUCUCCACUCACUUUCUCCAUGACAUACAUAACUUUUUCAACUUACGCCACGUCGCCUCUUAUUUGCCUUUUCUUUAAACUGAAAAGUCCCAAAUACUGCAAGUUUUCUUCACAGCAGAGUUGCUCCACCCCCUUGAUCAUUUUGGUUGCACUUUUCUAACUCUGCAAGAUUAUUUUUGAGGUGAGGUGGCCAGAACUGUGCUGUACCCAAUAUUCCAAAUGCAGCCAUGCUAUGGAUUUGUAUAAGAGCGUCACAAUCACUGGCAGUUUUAUUUUAGUUCCUUUCCUAAUGAUCCGUAGCAUGGAAUUUGCUUUAUUUUUCACAGCUGCUGCACAGUGGGUUGACAUUGAGCUUAUAAUUCUCUGCUGCUUGCUUGUUCUUUUGCUGCCUAGGAAAGGAAAGCCUUUCAGGAAUGACAGCCGUUACCUUCCUCCGCCUCCGUUGAUGGCAGGAGCCUUCCUCCGCAUGCUUCGUUGGGUGUCACCCAAUAGAUCUGUGCUGCCCUUGACAGCAUUGUCCGUUAGUUGCUAAGGCUGCUUUAUCUUGUUUUGGCUUCUCGGGCAAAUGAGUCCAAGAGUUAACGGCUAAAAAAACUGGCCAGUGGUGAUGCAUGGCAGGUGGGAGAUCGGAGGGAGGUUUCAGACAUUAGAGAGGCAUAACUCUGAAAGAGCAUCCCUCUAACAACAAACCUAGUUUCAGAACUGAACUGGUAGUUUUGGGGUAAGCUCUUAUAGAAACGUAGAAUUGUAGAGUUGGAAGGGCGUUGUAAUGCAGGAAUCACAGCUUUAAAAUCCCUGACAGGUGGCCACCCAACCUCUGCUUAAAAACCUCCUAGGAAGGAGAGUCCACCACAUUCCCAGGUAGUCUGUUCCACUGUCAAACAGCUUUUCCCAUUGCAAAGUUCUUCCUAAUGUUUCGUCUUAAUCUCCUUUCUUGUAAUUUGAAUCUGUUGGUUUGGGUCCUACCCUCUGGAGCAGCAGAAAACUAGCUGGCUCCAUCUUUCAUGUGCUAACCCUUCAGUUAUUUGAAGAUGGCUAUCAUAUCACCAUCUUAUGAUUUUGUUCUGUGCUCAUACUUCCUCCCUCCCCAGUUUUGCCUUGAUGGGGUUAUUGCCACCACUGGAGACUUGGAAACUGCCAGAUUUCUCCAAUAUUUCGUAGUAUUUGCAAUCAAUAUCCUUUCAUUGUUAGUAAUGAAGCAGGAAAUUUUCUGCGGGGAAAUUUAAACUGGGAAAUGUUCUCCACCCGCCCUCCCCAAAUGCCCAGGCUUGAUAGCCAGACUCCCUCUCCUUUCCUGCCCUGAUGAGGAACUUGCCAUUUCAUCUUACAGAAACCCCAAAUGGUCUUCCCUAGCCUCUUCAGGAAUGUUUUGCCAAUCAUAGAGUUUCAGAAACCUAGUUUCAGAAUUGAGCUGGUAGUUUGGGGGAAAGAUCAUAUAGAAUCUUAUAGUAGUAGACUUGGAAGGGAUCCCUAAGGGUAUUCUAGUCCAACCCCGUGCAAUGCAGAGAUCACAGUGAAAAAAUCCCUGACAGAUGGCAAUCCAACUUCUGUUUAAAAACCUCCAAUCACCUCAACCGUGUUGCCUCUCUUGCCACGGGUGCUCUGCUGUCUCCUGCUUCAGCUGACGAAAUCUCCUCCGACACCUUUCCUGUCCUGCCGCAUCUUCUGCUCUGUGAGCCCCUAAUGGUUUGGUUGCUUCCUGGUUCCAGGGCAGUCUUCUUGCUUCAUCAAGCACAGCACCAGUCUAGAGUAUGGACUCUCGAGGAGCAGGCUUUCCUCUCACCAGGAAGGUUGUUAUUUUUUACUCUGAAAGCAAGCUUUCCAGCAGUUUGACAACAUCUCCAUAUCUAACUGAAGGAAAGAAUGAAGAUGUGAAUUUUCUCCUUGCUUUGCUGGAAAUUCCUCGAGGGGAGCUGCUUCCCCUUGAGCAGGGAUGAAGAACCCAUGUCUCUCCAUCAUUUGACUCAAAUCCCAUCAUGCCUCGCUUUUGGCCAUAUUGGCUAGGACUAAUGGGAGUUGGAGUCCAGCAACAUCUGGAGAGCAUUGAUUCUCUUUGGAAGGCGGUUUUCUGCUGGCGGGCUUUUGGUAGCUGGGGAUAGCCUAGCAGGGGAUUUUAAAUUUAUUUUUAAACUUAGAUAAUUGUAUUUGUGUGUGUUUUUAAAUGUUUAACCGGUAGAUUACAAAUGGUUGAGAAGUGUCUAUCAGUUGUAGAACAGGUUUGGGGAGCCUCUGGAUCUCCAAAUGUUGAUGAACUGCAACUCCCAUCAUCCCUAGCCAUUGACCAUGCUUGCUGGGUCUGGUAGGAGUUGUGGUUUAGCCACAUUUGGAGGGCACCAUGUUGGAGAAGGCUGGUGUAAGGCAAGAAUGGGAGAAUUCCAGGUACGUCCAGGUUCCUAAGAACUCGAAAUUUGCCAGCCUUGGUAUCCUCGGAAAAUACCACUCAUGCCUCUGGAUGAGAUGUGUUUUUUACCAAUCUAUUUUUAAAUCCCAUCACCAGAUAAUAUUUUUCAGCAGUCAAUGAUGUUUGCUUUUGUGAAAGCAAUUUAGUGCCAUGUCACGGCCGUAAAAUCCCCCAAAUCUUUAAAAGUGCUACAGCUUUGAUGUGUUGGGUUUGGAGAAAUGAGAGCAUUUAAGUCAGCCUUUUAAAUACUAGUCCACAAAUUUUAGCUGGCUUGUAUCAUCAUCAUCUAUUUUAUGUCCCACUUACUUGCCGUUCCAACACGUAUAAAUACACAAAAUUUAAAAACCAUCCUGUCAGAACAUUAAACAUUGACAGUUAAAGUGUGCAGUAAAACAAGCCCAUUAAAACAGCACAACAAUUAAAACAGUUCCCUAAUGCAGGCAUUUGUGUCCUCGGAGGGAGAGAAAUCAGCAACAUCUGCAAAGUUCCUCUCGCUGGUCACCUAACUGUGAUUUUCAUUUUUUGCUCGCCUUGGGCAAGUAGUGAUAAAUGAAAGGGCUUUAACUGCUGCUUCCUCCACAGAUGCUCAUAGCCUGGACUCCAGCCGCUACGCCAUUGUUGGUGCAGAUCUCCGAGAGCUGCCCAAACUAGAGGAAAAGCUGAAGAAAUGCAACAUGGAUCCACAGUAAGACUGGAGUGCAAAGGCUUCUGGGAACGUUCUGGGUAAUGUGCUGCCUAGGAGGUAGCAAUUCACAGUGUUCAAAACUCCCAUUGUUCUAGGCGCAUUUUGCGACAGGGAAUUUCAUUAGCGCGAGCAGUUUCUGAGCUCUGGGUGCAGUACUGCGCCUAAGAUUUCAGAUUUAAGCUGCAGGGUGGAAGGAAAGGAGGACCUUUUUCUGUCUCCCCACUUCCAGCUACUCUCUGAAGACUGGAUAAGAGACCCUCUUAAGAAUAUUAGAGGGGUGGGGCAGGGGAAGGACUAGACCAUGUGAAAAAUGAACACAAUAUAUUACCUGCAGUUCAUUCAUUUUCAGCUUUGUAUUCUUGUUAUAAGAAAAAAGUGUGCUUAGACAUUCCAUUGUUGGGCCCAUAACCUAGGUUUAAGGUGCCAUUUAGUGCCCAGCUUUCAUAUCUCAGUUUCUAACACUGGUGAUUCAGCCUGGUUUUUAAAAGCUGUGGAUACUGUUCAGAUACACAGAGUGUAAGAAAAUUGUUUCAGUGCAGCAGCCUUUGCCAACCUUGUCCCCGUCCCCCAGUGUUCUGGACUACAGCUCUCAGCAGCCCCAGCCAGCACAGGUGUGCUGCUGGGAGUCGUGGUCCAAAACAUCUGGAGGGCACCAGGUUGCCAAAGGCUGCAAUGCAGCAUUGAGUUUUACUACAGCAGAGUCAAGCAGGACAUGUUUGUGGUUCUUGCUGCUUCAGUUUUGAGACUUAAAGGAGCCUGGCUGUCCUGAUCCAGGUGAUUUACGUUUUCCAGGCUACUGAUUGUGUCUGCUGGAAUGUGUGCAGUUACAUUGCCCUGGGGUCAGGUUGCUCUGACUGCGUUUCUUGGGUCCGAUGACUAUUUGCUCAGUUGCCAUCCUAGCAAGGCAUACAUAUAUCUGCAGAGGCUAUUUUCCGGCCUCCGAUUUCUGUUUUAGAUACUGCUAUAAGUUGCCCUCCCAUAAGGCUGAGAGGUGAAUCAAAUCCUCUCUUCUCCACCCCCUCUCCUUUCUGCUAGGGGGAUGUGCCCUCAACUAAAAAAUGCCCGUUCAUGGUUUGGGCUUCUCUGUGGACCUCAGGAGGUGAACAGAGAUAGGAUUUCCAGAUCAUUGUGGUGUGCAGACUACAGACCGAGCAGAAAUGUGUCUGUAGGCAACAUAAGCAGCGUGGAACUACAAUUCACGCAGGGUAAGGCUACCCUGUGCUCUGCCUCCACAGCAGGAGGCAGCAAUGCUUCUGAAUACCAGUUGCUGGAAACCGCAGGAGGGGAGAGUUGCUCUUGAGCUCAGGGCUUGCAUGAGGGUUUCACUUUGGGGCAUCUGGUUGGCCACUAUGAGAACAGAACACUGGAUUAUCUGGACCCCAUUUGGCCUGAUCCAGCAGAGCCCUUACAUUCUUCCUGCUUUCCCACACCUUUCCUCCCUCUCUUUUCUCCCCCACCUGCCCACCCAGCCUCCAUAUAGAAUUCCUUUGGCUCCUAGCAGUUGGUUUUGCCUGUUGCUGUCAGUAUCUGAAAGCAGCCCUGCAAGCAAAGAGAUUACUCAUUGGUUUGAGUCAUGCUGAUGGAGUGGUGGGUGGGCAGUUUCUGGCUUGCUGGGCUAAUGGAGAGAGGAGAGGGAGCUGAGCUGACCCCUUCCUCCUACUGCUGCUUCACCAUGUUCUUAACAGCUGAUCAGAAGGCAGAGACCCCUUUCUGCCGAUUUGCUUUAUUUCUAUGUGAAAGGAACUUGCAGGGAAGGUUAUCAGCACCACGCUCUAACCACUGGCUCAGUAUUGUCUGCACUGACUUGUCAGUGGCUCUCCAGGGUUUCUGGCAGGGAGUCUUUCCUAAUGUUUACCUGAAGAUGUCAUUGGGGAUUGAACCAGAGGCCUUCUGUCUGCAAAGCAGAUGCUCCAACAGCUGAGUUAAGGCUCUUCAGCGGAGCCAAGCUGAAAACACCUCACUCUUUCCCCCCUUCCCCUGAAUCACACAGCUUGCUGGACACUUUUAGAGUGAACAGCUUUUCACCUCAUUGUUGGUGGGGCCCUGGAUAGCUUGGUGUAGAUCAGCCUUCCCCUCCAACCUGGUGCCCUCUGGAAAUUUUGGAUUACAACCCCCAUCAGCCCCAGGUGGGGCUGGGAAAGACCCCUUCUGUCUGGACUACUGCUAGAAUUGAGCCUAGGACUUGCCGAUCAGAAGGUCGGCGGUUCGAAUCCCCGUGAUGGGGUGAGCUCCCAUUGUUCGGUCCCUGCUCCUGCCAGCCUAGCAAUUUGAACUCGCAUCAAAGUGCAAGUAGAUAAAUUGGUACCGCUCCGGCAGGAAGGUAAAUGGCGUUUCUGUGCAUUGCUCUGGUUCGCCAGAAGCGGCUUAGUCAUGCUGGCCACAUGACCCGGAAGCUGUACGCUGGCUCCCUUGGCCAAUAAAGUGAGAUGAGCGUCGCAACCCCAGAGUCGGCCACGACUGGACCUAAUGGUCAGGGGUCCCUUUACCUUUACCAAGCAGUGGUGUGGCUUGGUAAAAGGCAGCUUUCUGUGUUGUCCUUCUCUGAUGCUCUUGAAAUUCUGGGAUACCAGAAGAGAAAACACACACAGGGAGCAUUUCAAUUCCUGCAUUGCAAGGGAUUGGAUCCCAUCCAACUCUACAGUUCUAUGAUUAUAUGUAUUUAUAAUCUACCAUGUAUGUAUACUGAUCUUGUUCUCUUCCCCUCCCUCUUUCUUCCCCCUCCCCAACUUAAAAGUUUGCCAACUCUCCUGUUGGCAGAAUGCGUCCUGAUCUAUAUGACCCAAGACCAUUCUGCGAACCUCCUCAAGUGGGUGGCUGGCUUGUUCCAGACCGCCAUGUUUAUCAACUACGAGCAGGUAAGCCCAAGCAGCGGUAGUCUUCCUAUGCUCCUCACUAUGGCAAGGGCCUCAAGUACGAAUCCCGUGUUUGAAACACGGAAAGUGGGAAUGGUGGGAGAGAGGGAGAGAGAGAGAGAGAGAGAGAGAGAGAGAGAGAGGAUGCUCUGUGCUUUUGGCCAUGGGUGGUAUCCAAUGCUAGUCACACUCAAAGUGAAAACAAUGAACCUCAAAGGCCGUCUCAGCCCCUGCCUGCACAACGGAUCCCUGCAUUCUGCACAUGCCAUCCUGCCUGGAGGUGUCCAUUGAGCACAGUGUCAGAAUCUAGCCUUUAGCUUGGUGGCUCCUGCCCCUUGGAACUUGAGCAAGACAGGCAUUUUCUUGAUUGCGUUUUAGGCACCUGCCAAAGGCAUUCCUCUUCCUGCAAGCUUCUAAAUGGAGAUCUUUAUCCCAGUUGGUAUCAUUAUUGGAUUUGAAUUGGUUUUAUGUACAUGCUCAUGUUCAUGUUAAACUGUGUGUGUAUAAAAAAUGUAUUUUUCCUAUUGUUUUUUAUAUGUAUACAAUUGCUUUGACAGUUUUUAUAUAUGAAGCUGUUUUGGUAUGUUUUGAUUCCACUGUAAAUCGCUUUGGGAUGCGUUACGAGCUGCAUUUUAUAAAUGAAAUACUGUAAUUUAAUUCAGUGGGACUACUCAAAGUAGGACUAAUAUUGGAUACCAUCCCAGAAGCGCAGGCAUUCCAGCAAAGGUUUUGGGUUAAGGAUUUACCUCUGGGAGACUGCAGAGUUUCUGAAGGCCGGUGCCCCAGAACAAUUGGAGACCAAUUCUGUUUCUGCCCAGUUAUUUGUUUGUUUUGUGUCCCCACCCACUCACUCACCCCCAACACACCAGUGGAGUCCCUUUUAAGUGCAGGGCUCAAAAUAUAUAUAUGCGUAUAUGUAUAUAUAUGUAUAUAUAUGUGUAUGCUGAGCAAAACAGCUGCUGAGUCAGAGGUGGCCGAACUCAAGGAACCGGCAUUGUGAGCAAUCUUAUGUAACUUUAUGGAACGUUAAUCAUGUUUUGCUUUCUGUGGCUUUGGCAGCUUGAAUGGAGCAGGGGGGUGGGGGAAGUAGCUGAGCUGCAAGCCAAGUCCACAUGAAAAGGAGAAACUGCUGGUUGCUGAGUGAGGGCGGAAAUGCAGAUGAGAGGUUUGAUACGCCAGCUUUGGCUGUGAAUUCAGACGGAGGUGGCAGUUGAAGGAAAGGUUUCUACUGAUCCGCUGGAGCUGGCUGCUUUCCCAUAAGAUCCCAUCAGCAUUCAGAGAAGGGAGCAUUCCAGGGUUAAGAUGCUCAUGAAGCAGCCAUUCGUGUAGGGUUUUCACCCUGUUGCCAUGUGUGCUUUACUUUAUUUUUUAAAACCAUUCUGUAACUUCUAUGCACCUGUCAGGCACAGCUGGUGAUAGUAAAAAGUCUUUCGGCUUUUGCCAGCCAGAUGUUUCAGACUACAACUCUCACCAGCACUGGCUUGGAGCUAUUGGGAGUUGUGGUGCAAAACAGCUGGAAGGCAGCAGGUUUGGGGGACGGAUGGUCGAAAUGGAGUUGUGGGCCCCACCUGUAUUCAUCAUCAUGUUUGGGGCAGGAAAAACAUAAACAUCUCCAUCUGUCCCCUCCAUCUUGCUUGUGGAUUAGAUCACAACUUUAAGUUUCCUGGAUUUAGUGAGGCUGUUUUGGUGCACCAAAAUGCGUAUUUUAUGGAGAAAGAUACAUGCAAAAUGUAAAUGUUCAGAUGGAUGCAUUCAAAGGCGCAUAUUUUACACAAAGAGUGCAUACAAAAUGCCUGCUGAUGUAAUACAGACUUCUUGUGCACUUUUUCGAAAAAUCUGCACGAAGUGGGAUGUAAAGUACUUCUGUUUGAGUGCAACAGAACUGAAAUGGGUCAAAAUUCCCAGGGCCCUUUCCCUGUUCUGCACAUGAUACCAACCUCCACACUUCUGCAGUGGGCUUGCAAUGGGGGAUUCUUUCUUUCUUUCUUUCUUCUUUGCAGAAUUUAUGUAGUGCUUUUCAGGUGGACCUCACAAAGUGGUUUACCUAAGGUUAUUACAACAAUAGGCAUUGAGCUUACAAAGCUUACAAAAGAAUGGAAAAGACAACUUGCUUGUUUAGAAAAAGCACUUGCCUUUUCUCCCCCCCCCCCCGAAUAAGGCAGUUCUUCAGAUGCAGGUGGCAGUUGGGGGAGGGCAGGAGGGAGGGGGCACCACGGGAACUUGAGGGCAACAGCUGCACAAAUCAUGGUGGAUCUAAGGAUUUGAGACUUCUGGGCUGGAGUGCUUCCUGCGAUAAAGGAGGGCAUGUGAGUGAGUCCCUGUGCACACCUGCUCCCUGAAUAAGAGGUGGGGGGGUCCUGGUUCUUAGGCAGGAGCACCCUCUCUCCCAGCUCCCUUUCAGCCAGUCUUUUGUACCCUCCCCAGGUGAACAUGUCUGAUCGAUUUGGGCAGAUCAUGGUUGAGAACUUGCAGAGCCGGAAGUGCAGCCUGGUUGGUGUGGAUGACUGCAGAUCUCUGGAUUCCCAGGUCAGAUGUUCUGAGUGGGUGAGGUGGCCUUUUUUGCACAAUCUAUAAUGCUUACCUCUGGGUUUCGCUGUGCUGUUUGAGAUCACUCCCUCCCCCUGCCACCCCAAUGGUCCUUUUUAAGUCUAUUGGAUAGUGCCUGUGCCUGUGCUGGGGAGAAGGGAAUAUGUACCUGCAGCCUUAGUUUCAAAGAUGCAUCAUAUAUUCUAAGUUCCUGUCAAAUUGUAUUAAAAGGGUGGGUGCACCUGGGGCCCAGAAGUUUGCACCCUCCCUGCUUCUCCUCCUUCUAUCUCGCCUGAUGGAGAACCUGCCCUUCUGCUUAUACUUCUCAUUGGGUUUCCUUCACAGAAGGAACGUUUCCUGCAAAAUGGCUGGGAAACAGCAAAUGCCAUCGAUAUGAUGAAAGCCUACAAUUGCUUGCCGAAAGAUGAUGUCAGAAGGUAAGCGUCUCCUCGCUCUUGCACCAAUGGGAGUUGUAGUACUUGACUACUCUUUUUUUUUUUACUUAUAAAUUUAUUUAAUAUAUUUUGGUUUCACCAUUUAAGGCAAGCCUCAGCAAGGCGCCUUACAGUAAAAAUGGUGAAAGGAAAAUUGACAACAUAAGAAAAACUGUUUUAGGUAGUAAAUAACAACAACUUCAACAACAACAGAAAAGAAGGUUUGUGGAAUAUGAAAGUGUCUGGCUCACCGCUGCCCCAUGAGCUUCAGGAUUUGAAUCCAGAUCUUGUAGGGCCCAACCCAGCACUCUUGCUGCUGUCUUCUGCUCCAAGCUGGGUUGGAAGGUAGGGCUCUCUCUGUGUCUACUGCUAUCCUUCCUAUCUUCUUCCUUUUUUUUAAAAAAAAAUAAUAUUUAUUAAGAUUUAAAAGAUUACAAAAAAAGAAAAUAGAAAACAGCAUAUUAAGCAAAAACAAAACAUCACAUCACAAUAAGGGGGGAAAAAAUACAAUGAACCUUCCCAUAACUUAUCCUUCAUUUGCUUGUUUCCUUGACCUCCUCACACCUCCCUUUUUUGUAUUCUAAUUCAGUUAGCUAUUUCAGCAAGUCCUUUCCAUCUUUUCCAGUUUUUGUCCUAUAUUUUAUCUUAAUAUAAUGUAACUUUACUUUCCCUCCUUUCACCAUUUAGCAGUCUGUUUUUUCUUAAUCCUUUAUAGCAUUUCUGCUAAAACCACAUUACUUCAUUCCAACAUCCUUCUAACAUUCCUUAAUUUUACAAUGUUUCUGUAAAUAAACUUUAAAUUUCUUCCAAUCUUCUUCCACCGACUCUUCUCCCUGGUCUUGGAUUCUGCCAGUCAUUUCCGCCAGUUCCAUGUAGUCCAUCACCUUCAUCUGCCAAUCUUCCCGGGUGGGUAGAUCUUGUGUCUUCCAGUACUUUGCAAUAAGUAUUCUUGCUGCUGUUAUGGCAUACAUAAAGAAAGUUCUACCCUUCUUUGGCACCAAUUGGCCGACCCUUCCUAUCUUCUUCCUUCCAGGAUAGAAGCACUUGAGUUUCUGGAUGAGAAGGAACUGCUUGAACAGCUCAUGCAACAUUACUGUCUGUGCUGGGCUACCAAGGACUCCAGUAACCUGGGUGAGGAUAUGCUUUGGCUGGGUUCUCCUUGAGGGUUUGGAAGGGCUGACACGGGUUCUCGUGGGAGGUCUUGGGCACGUCUGUGGACCUGCUUGCCUCCAGCUGUACAAGGAGAGUAAUUCACCCACCCUGCUUCCAAUUUCACCGGGAACUUGAUUCCAUAUGUGGUGCUCCUGUUCCCAUAGGAAUGCCAAGGUAUAAGUUGGGGGAGGGAAUGCAGACAUCCUUGGUUCAAACUGUCAUUCCGUGGAAUGACCCUGCAACAUAAACAUUAAGCCAUAUAUUGUCUAAGGGUGACCCAGCCCACAGGACGCUUAAUUUCUGUGCAUUCAUUUUCAGUAAGCUCUGCCCAUGUAGUAGAAGGGCAGUUGGACAACAGCUAGACCCCACGAGGGUUCAUCCGAAUGGCCGUGCCUCUCUUCCACCCUUGGCAACCGCAGAGUUUUGCUCCAGUACCUCUGCAGUGAGGAAGUUCCCACCCCAGGUGGGAACAGGCAGUGCUGUUCCAGGCUCAGCGAGCACCUAAUAAAAGGGGUGUGUGGCUGGGACUCUGCUGUUGCAUCAUUGGGCUCAGCCUGAACAGGGGAAGCAGGCUUGGGAAAACAUUCUUCCUCUGCAUUCCUCCCUCCCUCCCGCCACCCUGGUGAGAUCAAUUAACGCUAAGCACUUCCUGCAUCUAACUUACCAAUUUGCAAACACUCCAGAUUUUUUGAGGGUUUGUGUGUGUUCCAGUUUAAAUUGCAGACCCUGGACAGGCAGGUGUGUGCAGACCUGGCCUCCCCCCUCCUCUCCUCUUGGUGUCUCCUGGUUGAGUGACUCAUCCUAUGAAUGGACUUGACAUAUCAAGGCGAAGGUCUUGGGUCAGUCCUCCAUCAGCAGUCUGUGUGUCAGGAGGGUGCACAGAAAGGGCACUGUUUCCCCUCUGGUUGCGUCCAGAGGAGAAACGGUAAGUCCUGUUGGGACUGGCUUCGGAGAAGUGGAGUUCACACAUCAGCCAGUUUCCCAGCAGGGCUGUUUGCCAUUAUCUCUCUGGAGCCACCCUCCUGAUUAGCAAAUCCUCGGAGCUGCCUCUGUGCCCCUUUGGAUUUCAUCUGGAGCUGCAUACAGGAGAUGGGGGCGGGAGGAGAAGAGGAAAUCUGGAAGUGGGCCUCAAAGCUAUAUUUUUCCUACCUCUGUGCUACCCCAAUCUGAGACGGCUAGAUUGGGCAGCCUUUGCGAACCAGUUUCAUUGUGCAUCUUUACUGCAGGUGGGGGAAUUGCUCUGGCCAGCUCACCUACCCUCAAGGCAGUAUCAGAGACCCUUGCAUGUGGGUCCUUCCUGUGCUGUUCCAAUAGAAAGCCAGAUUCUCAUGUAACAGUAAUCUAUGACUCGUCGUUAUAUAUGAACCCUGCCCAGUAGCACGACUGUGGUUUGUUUACUGCCGACAACCCAUGAUGAUGAACCUUGGUUUGUUUUAACUAUGGCUUGGCAUUGCAUGGGAGCCUAGCACCCUUUCUUUAACUAUGGUAUGUUUAGCCCCUCACCCAGCUCAGAUGUUCCCCAAGCGACAAAGGCAAGAGCAGCUGGAAAAUGAAAUAAAUCAUGGCUUCUUUGAUCGCCUGUGGGGCAGCUCAUGGUUUGUUGAGCAAGCCAUGGUAAUGCCUCUACACAGGUGUAAAAUUACAUUCUGGACCUCAGAAGAUCUCUUAUACUCUGAUUAUUCAUUACUAGCAUUGGACUCUUUCAGGGUCUCCUCACCCUAGUUUCCCCCCUCUCUUUUUCCGUCUCACUGGACUCCUAGGUGUGCUUGGAUCAAAGGUAGAGAACAGGUUGGCAAGAGUAUGAAGGAUCCUACCUCGCCUUUUAAACUCUUUGUCCAGUGGACACUGUGUCCCGGCAGUCUGGGCUGUGAGGGAACUGCAUUCCUUAAGGGUUGUGGGUGGGAAGUUGCCCUCACCAGACUUGAGAGCCCACAUGGGGAGGGAGCCCAACACACCUCUGUUUGCUCUAGCAGGGGGGCGGUGGCAGCAGGGCAGACCUUGUAAUAAUUCUUUUAAGAGGGAGCCAUGUUUUGCUUGGGUGUCCAUCCUGCUACAUUUGCCCUGUAACCUGCAGAUCCAGCUAUGAUUCUGACUGAUGACAUUUUAAAGAGGGAAAUAAAAAAGAGAGGUGAAAGUGCUCGGCUGCUUCUCUUCUGGAGGCUCUGGAAUCAGCACCUUAGCGAAUACUACGUUAUGCAAAAUGAAUGUCGAAUCGCCACUCUACCUUUUUUCCUAGAGACAUUUGAGUCCUCCUCAGUCAUCUAUUACUCCAUGUCCAAAUGUAUACCAGAGUUCAGUGCAGGAUGUCCUGUUUCCCACUACACCGUAAGGCAGGAAUGCAGCCCUCUAGAUGCUCUUGGACACCAGCUCCCAGCAGCCAGGGGUGGACCAGGGUGAUGGGAGCUGUGGUCCAGCAACCUCUGGAGGACCCCAGGCUCUCCAUCCCUGCCCUAAGGUCUUACCUGUUUGUGCAUCCAAUUUAAACUGAACUGGAUUUCACUGUCUGCCCGUCUUCUUCCCAAACUAGGCCUUGCGGAGAUUGCUCUAUAGUGCAUUUGCUCCAGUGGAGCUCGAGGCGAAUCUGCUGCCCCCUCCUGGUGGGGCUCUGCAUGCAUCAGUGCCAGCCUGCCCGCUAGCCCUCCAUCGCUGGUGUCCUGGAGAACUUGAGCAGUGGAGCAUUUUGCAGGGACAGUCCCUCUCACUGCCGGCCCCGAGUCAUCUUGCCAUGUUUCAAAUAAAUCCCCAGUUUUCCAAGCAACUGAAUAACAAGACUCUCUUCCCUUCUCUGCCUGCUCCUGGGACCUGUUCUUUGGAAUUACUACAGAGAGGAGCGUUUCGUGUUUUUCAGAUGUGUUAGAUGGUGGAAGUCUGGUUGUCCAAACGUGCUCAUCCUCUCUGUUGCACUGGGCUGGGUAAGGUUGGUUGAGCCACUCUUGGGAGGGAGUGGAACAUACUGGUGGGAAAUAUAUGUUUAUAUUUUCUCCGUUGAUCUUGAAGGCUCCCCUCCUGUCAUGUGUGCCUCUCUUUAUUUUGUGGGGUGUUUCUCCUAGUCUGUCCUCAGCCCCUGCUGCAGUGAGGUGUCUGUUCCCUCUGUGUGAACUUCAUCAGCGGGGCUGGCCCACCCAUGUGGCAGGAUCCACAGGGGCAGCAGACCCGGCCUCAGAGGAAUGCUUUGCCCCCUGUGGUGCCCUCCUUGGAGACUGGAUUUACCUUCUCCUUGGCAUCCCCCCAAUGCCACCUCUACAGUGGCCCCUUGGCUAAUAGUAUGCACUGCUAGUCUCCUCCUACCCUUGUCCCCAAUGUAGAUCUUCCCUCCCCACCUUGUUCCUGAUGUAAAUCGUCACUCAUCCCUUCUUCCCUGACGGGUGGUAUGCCAUUUUGAGGUUUGCCUCAGGUGCCAAAAUGUCUUGGGCUGGCCCUGCUCCUCAGCUGUGUCAAGGGCAGGCUGGCUGUGUUGAAAUGUUCUCUUAACUCACCUGUAGCAAGGGUUAAUAAACUGGUUUUUUGUAACAUUGUGUACCGCCUUGUUUCUGCUUAUCUCUUAAAAAGGG